AUGUCAUCUCCUCAACAAAUUGCUAGCACAUUCCAACAAGCUUUGAACUUGUCUGGAUCACCAAAUGCUGUUUCUACUUCCCCAACUCAAUCAUUUUUAAGUCAAUACGUUCCAUCCAAGCCAACAAAAGCUUUAAAACCAUUCAAAACUGGUGAUAUCAAAAUCUUGUUGUUAGAAAAUGUCAAUGUUACUGCUAUAAAUAUUUUCAAAAACCAAGGUUACCAAGUUGAAUUCUACAAAUCAUCAUUACCAGAAGAAGAAUUAAUUGAAAAAAUCAAAGAUGUUCAUGCAAUUGGUAUCAGAUCAAAAACUAGAUUAACUGAAAAAGUUUUGAAAGCUGCUAAAAACUUGGUUGUUAUUGGUUGUUUCUGUAUUGGUACUAACCAAGUUGAUUUGGAUUUUGCUGCCAAAUCCGGUAUUGCUGUUUUCAACUCUCCAUUCUCCAACUCCAGAUCAGUUGCUGAAUUGGUUAUUUCUGAAAUCAUCACCUUGGCUAGACAAUUGGGUGACCGUUCAAUUGAAAUGCACACUGGUACUUGGAACAAAGUCAGUGCUAAAUGUUGGGAAAUCAGAGGUAAAACUUUGGGUAUUAUCGGUUACGGUCAUAUUGGUUCCCAAUUGUCCGUUUUGGCUGAAGCUAUGGGUAUGAAUGUUAUCUACUACGAUGUCAUCACUAUUAUGUCUUUGGGUAACUCUAAACAAGUUGAAACUUUGGAUGAAUUAUUAAAGAGAGCCGAUUUCGUCACUUUACACGUCCCAGCCACUCCAGAUACCAAAAACUUGUUGAGUGCUCCACAAUUUGCUGCCAUGAAAGAUGGUGCUUAUGUUAUCAAUGCUUCUAGAGGUACUGUUGUUGAUAUUCCAGCUUUGGUUCAAGCCAUGAAAGCUGGUAAGAUUGCUGGUGCCGCUUUGGAUGUUUACCCACAAGAACCAGCCAAGAAUGGUGAAGGUUUAUUCGGUGAUAGCUUGAACGAAUGGGCUAGUGAAUUGUGUUCAUUAAGAAACGUUAUCUUGACUCCACAUAUUGGUGGUUCUACUGAAGAAGCACAAUCUGCUAUUGGUAUUGAAGUUGCCAAUGCUUUAUCUAAAUACAUCAACGAAGGUGCCUCUCAAGGUGCUGUCAACUUCCCAGAAGUUUCUUUGAGACCAUUAGAUUUGGACCAACAAAACGUUGUCAGAGUCUUGUAUAUCCAUCACAAUGUUCCUGGUGUUUUGAAAACCGUCAACAAUAUUUUAUCCAACCACAAUAUUGAAAAGCAAUUCUCCGAUUCUCAAGGUGACAUUGCUUACUUAAUGGCUGAUAUUUCCGAUGUCGACAUCAGUGAUAUCCAAUCAUUAUAUGAACAAUUGGAACAAACCCCAUACAAGAUCGCUACCCGUUUGUUGUAUUAG